GCAGCCUCUCUCCCUGAACCUCUGCUGGGCCCCAGACACUGGGGGCAAAGCCUUCCAGGACAUGGUUGGCCUGAAUCCUUCCGAAGUUCCUCCCACAAUAGCUGUGAAGUUCCUGGGGGCAGGCACAGCAGCCUGCUUUGCGGACCUCCUUACCUUCCCACUGGACACGGCUAAGGUCCGCCUGCAGAUCCAAGGGGAGAAGCAGGCGUCCCAGGCGGCCCCGAGUGUGCAGUACCGUGGCGUGCUGGGCACCAUCCUGACCAUGGUGCGCACCGAGGGCCCCCGCAGCCCCUACAACGGGCUGGUUGCUGGCCUGCAGCGCCAGAUGAGCUUCGCGUCCAUCCGCAUCGGCCUCUACGACUCUGUAAAACAGUUCUACACCCCGAAAGGAGCAGACAACACCAGCGUCACCACCCGGAUUUUGGCGGGCUGUACCACGGGGGCCAUGGCGGUGACCUGUGCCCAGCCCACUGAUGUGGUGAAGGUCCGAUUUCAGGCCAGCGUGCAGCUGGGGCCCGGGAGCGACAGGAAGUACAGCGGGACUAUGGAUGCCUACCGGACCAUCGCCAGGGAGGAAGGGGUCCGGGGCCUGUGGAAAGGAACUUGGCCCAACAUCACAAGGAAUGCCAUCGUCAACUGUGCUGAGAUGGUGACCUACGACAUCGUCAAGGAAAAGCUGCUGGACAACCACUUGCUCACCGACAACUUCCCCUGCCACUUCGUCUCUGCCUUUGGAGCUGGCUUCUGUGCCACAGUGGUGGCCUCCCCAGUAGACGUGGUGAAGACGCGGUACAUGAACUCUUCCCCAGGCCGGUACCGUAGCCCCCUGGACUGUAUGCUAAAGAUGGUGGCCCAUGAGGGCCCCACAGCCUUCUACAAAGGAUUUACCCCCUCCUUUUUGCGGUUGGGGUCCUGGAACGUGAUGAUGUUUGUAACUUACGAGCAGCUGAAACGGGCCUUGAUGAAAGUGCAGAUGCUGCGGGAAUCUCCGUUUUGAACAAGACCAGAAGGCUACUUGGUGCUUAACUCUUGCAACACCAGCGAAGGAUGGGAUAAAGCAGCGGACCCACAUGCACCUGGACACUGACCCACCUGUGUUUACAGUGCUGUUUACUUGCUGCUGAUUCAAGAAGUAGAAGAGGAGGGAGGAGUCUGGUCUUCAGUACUAUAUCUUACGAACACCUUAGCCGGGUCGGCCGAUGGCCUGGUGGUUGCAGCAACUGAAUCCCACAUAGUCAACUGUGUGGUUUAAGUCCUGGACCCGGCAGC